AUGUACCGAAAGGGUAGGGUGAUAGGAGUAACGGUGGAAGAUCUGGCGGGUACGAAAGGUAGUCACGUGCUAUUUAGGGCAGGCUUCACCGUAUCACCCUUACGCUUACAGUUUACUAUACACGCCGUUAGUGGUCUUCCCUCUCUUGAACGAUGUGAGGCAGCUACGAUGAAUGUAAUCCAGAUGGAUCCAGCGUGCGGCAACCCUAACCAGGAAUUCCUAAUUCCACUCAAAACGCCACCCGAAAAUUCCAACGAAGAAAUGUCGGUUCUCGAAUGCAGCAGCAAUCGCUGCUUUUUUCGCACUAGUCGUCAUCGUUGCAAGAAGCAUAUUACGGAAGGCCGCUAUCUCGUGAGGUCAAUCCAUAUACUGGGGCCUGAAGUGGGGUGUGCCAUGGCGACUUGUCUUUUCGAUGUCGCUGCGGAUGCUGGACUUCGAACAUGUCUCGCCGCAAGGCCAGAAGAACGGUAUCGUAACUUGGGAUCUACCAAAGCAGGCAUCCUAGUUUUGUUGAAGCAUUUCGCAAUACUUCCAGAUGGCACCGACGAACAGCUCUCCCAUAUCUGA